AUGGACUCCCUCCCGUGGCACUCCUCUCGGAAGACUAGCACCAGCAGCAGCCUCCUCCUCCUCCUCCUCGUCCUCCACACCGUCCUCCUCUCCUCCUCAUCCCCCACCGCACACGCUGCCUCCUAUGAGGUCAUCGUCUCCAAACCCGUCCCCGCCGCCACCACCAGCGGAGCCUAUAGUCACCUCUUCCAGUCCAAAUACCUCGGCAACUCCAUCGUUACCAAUGCCAAGAACCUCGGAUACACAGGCACCAUCAUCCUCGGCAACCCUGCACAGUCCUUCCAGGUCGUCUUCGACACCGGCUCCGACAUGAUCGUCAUCACCUCCGACCAGUGCCAGGGUACACACUGCAACGAUAUGCCACAUUACACCUGCAACUCCUGUACAAAGACUCCUUAUUCCUACAACAUCACCUACGGUGACGGCACCUGGGGCGCUGGUCCAAUCGUCGCGGACACGGUCGCCAUCGGAGGACUCGUCAUCCAGAACCAGCAAAUCCUCGAUGUCACCAAGAGCGCCCUCGACCUGUCCUCCUACGGAAAGGGUAUCGCUGGUCUGGUCGGACUCAUGCCCAGCUCCCCGGUCUUGCACUCUGUCCCACCACUCCAAACCAUCUAUCAGGCAAAACUCCUUGACAUGGACGUCUUCUCAGUCUACCUGAGUCCCUCCCUCAAGGCCAACCAGGGAGGCUCGUUCCUCUUUGGCGGUAUCGACAGCACAAAGUACCAAGGAUCGCUCAAUUAUGUACCCAUCUCUACAGGAUCCGGCACCAGCCAAGGAAUGUGGUACAUCGAUGCGGAUGCCGCCUACACAGGAUCCGUAGUGGUCUCGGGGUACACCAAGUCGCCCUGGCUGUUCGACACCGGCACGUCCUUCAUUGCCGUACCCACCUCAUUCGCCCAAAACUUCCAUGCCAACAUCCCCGGAGCAGCGUACUCGGCAGCGGAUCAGCUCUACACGGUGCCCUGCAACGGCACAGCGACCUUUGGACUGUCCUUCAACGGCGUCAAGUAUGAGGUACCCUAUCUGGACUUUAUUGCGAGUGGAGGCACAGGAUCCUGUGUUUCGCUUGUCAUGCCCCUGGGCAACUACGAGAUGUUUAUCCUCGGGGACCCCUUCCUGAGACAAGUCUACGUCGUCUACGACUUUACUGCGGGCGCCACCAGAAUCGGACUCGCACCCGUCAGCGCCACGAACACCUCCUUGGGUACCGAGGGCUUGUCCGGCAGCCCUGUUGCGGGCGGCUCCACCAUCACCCCCUUGGUACCGAGCAGUGCGUUUAAUGGAAAGGAUGUGUCGUUCAGGACACUGGCAACGUCCAUGGCCCUGGCCCUGGUUGCGAUGAUGCUGGUUGUAUAG